AUGGCCACAAGAACAGAGGCCCUCUACCUAAACGAUGCCUCACUCCGAACAUGGACAACAGAGAUCCUCUCGUCGCAAUCAAUAAAUACACUCCCGGAAGGAGAGAGAUGUCUAGCAAAGAACAUUCCAGUAGAAGAAAUCGCCAUAACAACCCGCCAGACAAUAUUCUACGCGCAAGGCGGCGGCCAACCGAGCGACAGCGGCGCAAUCGGGCCACGAGACCACGAACCAACCUUCUCAGUAACGUUAGUGCGCAAAACGCCUGAUGGGAAAUAUCUCCAUUUUGGAAGAUAUGCAGACGCAUCUUCUACUUUCACCGAAGGCCAGCUUGUUGUUCAGACAGUUGAUGACUCGAAGCGCAAUUAUCAUUCGCGUCUGCAUACUGCUGGUCACAUUGUUGGAUUGGCAAUGCAGCUUCUGAUGCCGGAGAUGAAGAAGGUUAAGGCGAAUCAUUUCCCUAGGGAGGCGUCUAUGGAAUAUGAGGGGUUAUUGUAUAAUGAGAAUAAGCCUAUCAUUCAGGAAAAGGUUGAUGAGUUAGUGAAGCGGGAUUUGGAAAUUCUCAUUUCUUGGGAAGAGGACUGUAAGGAGUCUGGGGAUGGUGAUGAUGAGGAGGGUCGGUCUUUUGAUGGUCGGAUGAGGAUUGCGAGUAUUGGUGGGCUUGAUCAUAAUCCUUGUGGUGGGACACAUGUUGGGACGACGGGGUUGGUUGGGGCUAUUGUUAUUCGAAAGAUAAGUCGGCAGAAGGGGAUUAGUCGGGUUUCUUAUGAUGUUUCGCCCGGGAUUGAGGGAUAG